AUGGCAGCUCCUGAAGCCAUAGCUCCGAACAGUAUUUUCCGUACAACAUGGCUGCCUACGGAACGGGAAUCACACUCUCUCCCUCCCAGCUACCGGAAGUUUCCGUUUGAAACAGAGGCGGUUGACGCAAUUCGCGGUGCGGCAGUUGCUUCGGCGUGUGUUUUGAGCGGAAUCGAGGACGACUGCUGGCGGGAGAAGCAGGCACUUGGGGUCCAGCCGUGCCGCCUUGUUACGAUGACUAGCGUGGUUAAGACAGUGUACACUCUGCCACCCCCAUCUAUGCAGAACGGCAGCUUGCCUUCAGACAGACAUUCCCGGACUACUUCUAAAAGUCUAUUACCUGUUAAGCCCAGAGAAGUAGACUCUACCAAACUUUUAAAUUCAGGUGGUUCAGAGACUGAUGUUACAAAAAUCAUCAAACUAAGACGAGAAAAUGGGCAGAUGAAAGCUGCAGACACUGCCAUCAGGAAGAACGUCAGAAAGAGCUACAAACCAUUGAUGAAGCAGAGAUCCGAGGAAGAUCUCAAGGAUAAGAACCAGCUCUUAGAGGCAGUCAACAAGCAGUUGCACCUGAAGCUGACUAAAACUCAGGGAGAACUGAAGGACCUGACUCAGAAAGUGGAACUGCUAGAGAAGUUUCAGGACAAUUGUUUGGCAAUUUUGGAGAGCAAGGGCAUCAACCCAGUUCUAGGAAGUGAGACCCUAGCAUCACAGCAAGACUCCACUACAGAUCACACGGACUCUAUGUUGCUGUUAGAAACUUUGCAAGAUGAGCUGAAGUUUUUUAAUGAAACAGCCAAAAAGCAGAUGGAAGAGUUACAGGCCUUAAAGGUAAAGUUGAAGACGAAAGAAGAAGAACGAAUCCACUUCCUAGAACAGCAAAACACAUGCAACAAUCAAGUAAAUGAUUUCACAACUGUCCUUGAAGAGAUGGAGCAGCUAUUAGAAAUGUGA